GCCGCGCGCAGAGCUCCGCGGAGGCGCAGCUCGCAGGGCCAGGGCGGCGGCGGCCCGCCUGCAGGCGCUCCCGAGAGGUGAGGUCUUUGGCCGCUCCCAGGAGGGGCCGGCAGGUGCCCCGGGGCCGCGCCCGGAGCCCCACCCCCGGCCGGGGAAAAGCCCCGCGGAGGGGGCCGGCGCGCCAGACCAGCGGCUCGCGUCUCAGCUCGGCCUCUCCGCGGCCUGCGUCCCGCGCCCAUGGCAGCCGCCCCGGGCGGAGCGCGGCGCCCGCCGCUCCUGCUGCUUCUCUCGAUCUUAACAUUCACCUGCGAUGCCUGCAAAAGAGUGACUCUCCAUGUUCCCUCCCAACUAGAUGCCAAGAAAUUUGUCGGUAGAGUUAACCUGAAGCAGUGUUUUACAUCUGCAAAUCUAAUUCAUUCAAGUGAUCCUGAUUUCCAAAUUUUAGAAGAUGGUUCCAUCUAUACAACAAAUGCAAUUCUUUUGUCUUCAGAGAAGAGAAAUUUUACCAUAUUACUUUCCAACACUGAGAACCAAGAAGAGAAGAAAAUGCUUGUCCUUUUAGAGCAGCAAACAGAGAUACCGAAAAAAAGACAUUCUAAAGAAAAAAUUCUAAGACGUGCCAAGAGGAGAUGGGCGCCGAUUCCUUGUUCAAUGCAAGAGAAUUCCUUGGGCCCCUUCCCACUUUUUCUCCAACAGAUUCAGUCUGACACUGCGCAGAACUACACUAUAUAUUAUUCUAUAAGAGGGCCUGGAGUUGAUCGAGACCCUAAGAAUUUAUUUUAUGUAGAGAGAGAUACUGGAAACUUGUACUGUACGCGUCCUGUGGAUCGUGAGGAGUAUGAAUCUUUUGAGCUAAUUGCCUUUGCUGUGACUCCGGAUGGGUAUACUCCAGAACUCCCAUUGCCCCUAGUGAUCAGAAUUGAGGAUGAAAAUGAUAACUACCCAAUUUUUACAGAAAAAAUUUAUACUUUCACCGUUCUUGAAAAUCGCAGAAUUGGUUCUACUGUGGGACAGGUAUGUGCAACCGACAGAGAUGAGCCCGACACAAUGCACACGCGCCUGAGGUACUCCAUCAUGGAGCAGCUCCCAGCAUCCCCCACGCUGUUCUCCAUGCACCCAGCGACAGGCGUGAUCACCACCUCCUCAUCUCAGCUCGACAGAGAGCUAGUUGAUAAAUACCAGUUGAAAAUAAAAGUACAAGACAUGGAUGGUCAAUAUUUUGGUUUGCAAACGACCUCAAUUUGCGUUAUUCAUGUUGAAGAUGUGAAUGACAACUUGCCAACAUUCACCCGAACUUCUUAUGUGACAUCAGUGGAAGAAAAUACAAUUGAUGUGGAUGUCUUGCGUGUUACUGUUGAGGAUAAAGAUUUAGUUAAUACUGCUAAUUGGAGAGCUAAUUAUACCAUUUUAAAGGGCAAUGAAAAUGGAAAUUUUAAAAUUGUUACAGAUCCCAAAACCAAUGAAGGAAUUCUGUGUGUGGUUAAGCCACUGAAUUACGAAGAAAAACAACAGGUGGACCUGCAAAUUGGUGUCGUCAAUGAAGCUCCAUAUUCUAAAGAGGUGACCUCAAGGUCAGCCAUGAGCACAGUGACAGUUACUGUGAAUGUAGAAAAUCAGGAUGAGGGUCCUGAGUGUAGCCCUGCAGCGCAAACUGUUCGAAUUAAGGAAAACGCACCAGUGAAGACAAGGAGCAGUGGCUAUAAAGCCUUUGACCCAGAAACACGGAGUAGCAGUGGCAUAAGGUAUAAGAAAUUAAGUGAUCCAAAAGGGUGGGUGAGUGUUGAUGAAAACUCAGGAUCCAUCACGAUUUUGAGAAGCCUAGACAGAGAGGCAGAGGUCGUCAGCAAUGGUUUAUAUAAUGUUACAAUCCUUGCAUCAGACAAAGAUGGAAGAUCAUGUACUGGGACACUGGGAAUUAUACUGGAAGAUGUCAACGAUAACGGCCCAUUCAUACCUACAACGACAGUGAUAAUCUGCAAAGCCGUCAGGUCAUCUGCCGAGAUAGUUGCGGUCGAUCCCGAUGAACCCACACACGGGCCACCCUUUGACUUCAGUUUGGAGACUGUCUCUGAUUCAGACAUGCAGAGAAUGUGGAGAUUGACAACACUUAAUGACACAGCAGCACGUCUGUUCUAUGAGAAUGACCUUUCGUUCGGGUCCUACAGGGUGCCUGUUAGGGUCACUGACCGACUGGGAGAGUCACUUGUCACGCCAUUAAACGUUGUGCUGUGUGACUGUGUCACUGAGAAUGGCUGUGUGCAACCCGUCGCUCCAAGGAUGGGCAGCGGAGGAGUGGCGCUUGGGAAGUGGGCCAUCCUUGCAAUACUGUUGGGCAUAGCAUUGCUAUUUUGCAUCCUGUUUACUUUAAUCUGUGGGGUAUCUGGAGCUGCUAAACAGCCAAAAGUAUUUCCUGAUGACUUAGCCCAGCAGAAUCUCAUUGUGUCAAACACAGAAGCUCCGGGAGAUGACAAAGUGUAUUCCACGAACGGCUUCACGAGCCACACUGUGGGCGGCUCAGCUCAGGGAAUCUGUGGCACGCUGGGAUCGGGAGUGAAGAACAGAGGGCAGGAGACCAUCGAGAUAGUGAAGGGAGGGCACCAGACCUUGGGCUUGUGCCGGGGGGCCGGGCAGCAACUCCCACACGUGGAGGUGGACAGCUGCAAAUACUCGUACUCAGAGUGGCACAAUUUCACUCAGACCCGACUCGGCGAAAAGGUUCAGCUGUGUAAUCAGGAUGACAGCCAUCAGCAUGCACGAGACUACGUCCUUCCGUACAGCUAUGAAGGAGGAGGAUCAGCGGCUGGUUCUGUAGGCUGUUGCAGUGAACGACAGGAGGAAGAUGGGCUGGAAUUUUUGGAUCAUUUGGAACCCAAAUUUAGUACACUUGCAGAUGCAUGCUUAAAGAGAUAAAUGUGUUCUAAGUCCACAACUGGCUUUAUCACCUUUUGUUUUAAAUUACAUGCCAAGAUUUUUUAAAAUAGAAGAUGCUAUGUUUGGGCUUUUCUGCCUUUAUUUUGAUGGGAUCUCUUUAGCCAAAUGCAUAUUUACAGAGAAAUGCUGUAAAUGAGUAUAUAAUUUUCCAGUUUUCACAUAGUUUUGAAUUACUUGUCCUCCAUCCAAGGAGACCCACAGAUAGGAAAAUUAGAAAAGUCUGCAUUAUUGUUUACAUUUGGGUAUAAUGACAACAGCCACUUUAUAGUGCAGUAAAAUGUUUUUAAUGCGAGCCUGCAUGGUAAGACUCCUUGAAGUAUAACCUAAUGGAAAACUGGAGAAACCUUGCUUUAAUAUCAUCUUCCGUUACAAUUAAUUAUUUGUGUGGUGCUAGAAAACUGCUGUCUGCUAAACAUUAUAAAAUGUGUACAUUUCACUCUUGAUAGUGUUUUGUUCAUAUGGCAUGGCCUUUCCUCCAAGUGCCAAGGGAGAAUCCCCCAAAACCAGGCAUUGACUAUAACUACAAUUCCAUUUUCUGGAGUUUUGUUGCCGGGUUUUAUUCUAUAUAAAAUAUUGUGCUGAUACUACAUUUCCUCUGUUACCUAUGUUGUCAGUGAAGUUUAAGUUUAAAAAAUGCUUUAAUAAUGUAUUUUUUUACUCUUUCAGGGUUUGGUCUAUGGUCUCUCUCUCUCUCCACUUUAUUUUAAAAAUUCCUACUUGGUUGGAGAAUUUUAAAAUACUUAAAAAAAAUCUCUCUUUCCUUCUCUUACAAAGUGAGUUACUCUGUUGUAUGUGUAUAUUCUCUUUGUUGACGUUAUUGUUGCAAAUAUCUUGGUUGCUUCAUUAUCUCCUCAAGAAAGAACCUAUAAUUUUAUCAUCGAAGCUGUAGAAAUAUGUCAUACUUUUCUAAGAUACAACAUUCUAUGUCACAAAAAAAUGAUAGUGUAAUUAAAACAAGAAGGUGGGUAUUUCUCAGGCAAUAGCAUUUUUAUAUGUUUUAUCUCUAAGGCAAAUAUAUGGU